GACGCUUGUUGGCCAAACGUUCAUAUCGCUCGAGGAAGCCAACUGACAGGCCACCUCUGCGCAGUUAAGGUUGAGCCUGAGUUUUUCGGGAGACGCCUGCAAAAAGAUGAGGGAGAUAAUCAACGUUCACAUAGGCCAAGCUGGCGUUCAAAUGGGGGCCUCCUGUUGGGAACUGUAUUGCCUCGAGCAUAACAUCCAUUCAGAUGGUACACUCAACGAGGGCGGUGAGCAAAAUCCCAAAGAUUCAAGCUUUGAUACGUUCUUCUCAGCCACUGGCGGAGGACGAUAUGUACCACGAGCAGUCUUUGUCGACCUUGAGCCGACAGUGAUAGACGAGGUCAGGACUGGACGAUACAAGAAUCUGUUCCACCCUGAGAUGCUGAUCACUGGCAAGGAAGAUGCGGCCAACAACUACGCAAGGGGCCAUUACACAAUUGGCAAAGAAGUCGUUCAGCCGACAUUGGAUAGGAUCCAUAAGAUGGCUGAUCAGUGCGAUGGUCUUCAAGGCUUCCUAAUCUUUCACUCAUUCGGCGGCGGAACCGGUUCCGGUUUUACGUCCCUUCUUAUGGAGAACAUCGCACAGGACUUCGGUAAAAAGUGCCGAUUGGGCUUCGCCAUCUACCCGGCUCCGCAGGUUUCCACUGCCGUUGUCGAACCAUACAACUCGGUUUUGACGACACAUGCCACCCUCGAACACGCUGACUGCGUAUUCAUGAUGGAUAAUGAGGCGAUCUAUCAGAUCUGUCGUCGGAAUCUUGGAGUUGAACGACCGGCGUAUCAAAAUCUCAAUCGACUGAUUAGCCAGGCCGUUUCGGCGAUAACCGCUUCUCUACGUUUUUCCGGAGCGUUGAAUGUUGACCUCAACGAAUUUCAGACGAAUCUCGUCCCCUACCCGCGAAUCCAUUUCCCGCUCGUCACUUAUGCUCCGAUUAUUUCGGCUGAGAAGGCUCAUCACGAGCAACAUAACGUACUGGAAAUCACAAAUGCUUGCUUUGAGCCAGCCAAUCAGCUGGUUGUUUGUGACCCCCGAAAUGGCAAAUACAUGGCAUGCUGCCUUUUGUACCGUGGUGAUGUUGUGCCGAAAGAUGUGAACGCAACAAUUGCCGCCAUCAAACAGAAGCGGACGAUACAGUUCGUCGAAUGGUGUCCGACCGGCUUUAAGGUUGGCAUCAAUUAUCAGCCGCCAUCAGUGAUUCCUGCAGGCGAUCUAGCUAAGGUACCUCGUGCUGUUACCAUGUUGUCAAAUACGACUGCCAUUGCCGAAGCAUGGAUUCGCUUGAACCACAAAUAUGACCUAAUGUACCAAAAGAGGGCGUUCGUUCAUUGGUACGUUGGAGAAGGCAUGGAAGAAGGUGAAUUUUCCGAAGCUCGUGAGGAUCUAGCAGCAUUAGAAAGAGACUACGAAGAAGUCGGUGCUGACUCAAACGACCCAGGGGACGACGAGGAAGGAGAAUUCUAGGACAAUUUUUACAUGUGAAAAAAGCCAAUCGAGGGCAGUAUAUCGGAUAGUAUAUAGAUAUAGUUUUUAAUAGAUAUAUAGAUAUAGUUUUUAUUGAUAAUAAAAUAUUGUAACCCGUACGACAGGCAGCCCUCUUAAAUUUUGCAACUUACUUUUUCCUUAGUUAUAUAGUUGGCUGUGAUACACGUAGGGCAGGUUUGGGGCGCCGUAUUUGAGACUCCACAUUAGAGUACGUCUAAUAUAAGAUAGCCAUUAAUUCUAUUCAUUAUAAAAUGGUUAGACCAAGCGGGUAUGGCCACUCCACCUGUGUGGCAGCGAAGCACGUUUGUAAAAAUAAAAGUCUGUAGAAGGUGUUCUUAUUUUUAGCAUAGAUAUGUUUCGGACAUGCUAUUCUAACUAUAGUGUUUUCCUCGUUGAACCAAGGCAACACGUAAAGAUAGCAAAAAAUAGUUAAUCUUGAUCUAAUCAAAUUUGACAGUUUUAGAAGUAACGUUCCGUUCAGAUAUAUUUAGCUAUUUUUUUUUAAACGUAUAUUUGCUAUAUGGUAGCAUUCAUUUUACACUAAUAUGUAAUAGGAAGUAAGCAGAAUGAUUUAUCUUAGAAGAAGUCCAAGUCCUGGAUCGCCAUUCAACAUCUGUAGACGAACAUGUAACGUUCGGUAAGAAAUAUUUGUCUUGGGUGUCUCCCUUUAAAUAUGUAUUUAUAAGGCAAGGAAUCAACUUAAAAAUUGACACAACCAAACAUUACUUAAUUUAAAUAAUUGAUGUAAAUACACAAGACGUGCUUUCGAUUGCUUUUGUUUAGAAAAAUUGGGUUGUGUUUUAAAUUUUCAGGGUUCAAUGAAGUGUUUUACAUUUAUUGGGUCGAAUUUUUUGUCUAGGUUAUUCAACUGCUUGUCUUUUUCGCUUAGAAUCGGAGUUAAACAUUGCAUCGAAGGCCUGCUUAGGUUACAAAGCCUAGCUGGGGUGCAUCUUGCUGGAUUCAUCUGCGGUGUUUCCAACAAAAUUUACGAAAUCGAGUGGUAAGCAUAUGCCGUAGUGUCUACUGGCAGCGUUUAGACCAUGACGAAUUUACGAAAUUAAAGAUGACGA